AUGUCCUUCCCGCAGUUGGGUUACCCGCAGUACCUGAGCGCCGCGGGGCCCGGAGCCUACGGCGGUGAGCGACCCGGGGUGCUGGCUGCAGCGGCGGCCGCCGCUGCUGCUGCCUCGUCAGGCCGGCCAGGGGCCGCGGAGCUAGGCGCGGGCGCGGGCGCGGCUGCCGUUACCUCGGUCCUGGGCAUGUACGCGGCCGGACCUUACGCGGGCGCUCCCAACUACAGCGCCUUCCUGCCCUAUGCCGCCGACCUCAGCCUCUUCUCGCAGAUGGGCUCCCAGUAUGAGCUCAAGGACAACCCCGGGGUGCACCCAGCCACCUUCGCAGCGCACACGGCACCGGCCUAUUACCCCUAUGGCCAGUUCCAGUAUGGGGAUCCCGGGCGGCCCAAGAACGCGACACGCGAGAGUACCAGCACGCUCAAGGCCUGGCUCAACGAGCACCGCAAGAACCCGUACCCGACCAAGGGCGAGAAGAUCAUGCUGGCCAUCAUCACCAAGAUGACCCUCACGCAGGUCUCCACCUGGUUCGCCAACGCGCGCCGGCGCCUCAAGAAGGAGAACAAGGUGACGUGGGGUGCGCGCAGCAAGGAUCAGGAGGACGGCACCCUCUUCGGCAGCGACACCGAGGGUGACCCUGAGAAGGUGGAGGACGAUGAGGAAAUUGAUCUGGAAAGCAUUGACAUUGACACGAUAGGCGGCGACCACGACGGCGAUCAGAGCAACGAGGAUGAUGAGGACAAGGCCGAGGCCCCACGCGCCCCCGUCGCGCCGCCGGCCCUCACCCGGGACCAGGGCUCGCCCCUGGCAGCCCCCGAUGUCCUCAAGCCCCAAGACUCUCUUUUGGGACUGGCCAAAGAAGCCCAAGAACCUGUCAGCACUCGCCUGCUGAGCCCUGGAGCUGGGGCGGGAGGUCUGCAGGCCGCCCAGCACAGCAAGCCCAAGAUCUGGUCCCUAGCAGAAACCGCCACCAGCCCCGAUGGCGCGCCCAAGUCCUCUCCCCCUCCUGCGAGCCACGCCGGCACGCAUGGGCCUCCUACAGGCGCACCUCUGCAGCACCCUGCCUUCCUGCCCAGCCAUGGACUCUACACUUGCCAUAUCGGCAAGUUCUCCAACUGGACCAACGGCGCUUUCCUCGCGCAAGGCUCUUUGCUCAACAUGCGCUCCUUCUUGGGUGUCAGCGCGCCCCACGCCACGUCCCACGGUCCGCACCUGCCCCCGCCACCACCGCAGCCACAACCUCCGCUUGCCAUCACCACCGGAUCACUACAUGGAGAAAAGGCCUCGGCCCGCAGCAGCCCAGCGCUUCCAGAGAGAGACCUUGUUUCCAGGCCGGACUCCCCAGCGCCCCAGCUAAAGUCGCCCUUCCAGCCAGUGCGCGACAACUCACUGGCCCCGCAGGAGGGAACGCCGCGCGUCCUCACGGCCCUCCCGUCCGCCUGA